CUCCCUCGCCAAGCUUUGCGCUUUCUCAUUCUCAGGACCUGCGAAGCACACCUCUUCACUAACGGUAGCUGGGAGUUUGCAGAUCUUUCGUUCUGAGCAUCUGCGCUUAAUUCAGCGAACUUAGAUUUGGAGGCCUAGAGCAAAGGUUUCGAAGGACUUACUCUUGUCGAUGAAUAGAUAGCAGUCUGAUUGUGGCAAUACUGCUGCCGACUCUUUUAGUGGUUCGUUGUAAGUAUGGCAAUCGCAGUGUCUAGAAGGCUGUUGCGCUCUCUGGGCUCCUUUCCAACAUUUGGGCAAUGUAAUUCUUCGUGUAUUAUGAACCAGUCAUUAUAUAAUUCCCAUGAAAUUUAUGGCCGCGUUAAUGGGGGUAGCUCGAUGUUCGCGGGCUAUUCUACCCUUUUAAAGGCUGGGUGUUUUUUUGCUUCGCAGGGGCUUUCCACCUCAAUUUUGACUCCUGAAUCAAGCAAGGCUGCAUUUCCUUCUGAUUUGUUGUCUGCUACGCCAGUGGAACUAGAAGAGCGCAAGAUAGGACUUCUUCAGGACCUGAUGAUUCCUGUGACAAACUUUCAAAAUGAAGACAAGGGCUUCAUGGUCUUGGCUGGAGAUGUUUUUGACGUUCCAAUCAGGAAGGACAUCAUUCAUCGGGUUGUUAGAUGGCAGCUUGCAAAGAGACAACAGGGAACACAUUCGACAAAAACAAUUAGUGAGGUUAGUGGAACAGGGAGAAAGCCAUGGCGACAAAAGGGUACUGGUAGAGCAAGGCACGGAACACUGCGUGGUCCCCAGUUCAGAGGGGGGGCAGCAAUGCAUGGCCCUAAACCGCGAAGUCAUGCUUUCAAGCUCAAUAAGAAAGUUCGUCGCUUGGGUUUGAAGAUUGCUCUUUCAGCUCGUGCUGCGGAAGGAAAGCUUCUGGUGUUUGAUAAUUUGGACGUCCCAACACAUAAGACGAAGAACAUCGUGAACUAUUUCAAUGAAAUGGAGAAAGCGAAGAAACUUCUUCUAGUUGAUGGUGGGCCCAUAGAUGAGAAGCUGAAGUUGGCCACACAAAAUCUUCAUUACGUCAAUGUUUUGCCUUCUAUAGGUUUGAACGUUUACAGCAUUCUUCUACAUGAUACUCUUGUGAUGUCUCGUGAUGCUAUAGAAAGAAUUGUCACCCGGAUGCACACUCCAAUCAACCGCUGAAGACGCAGUUUAUUACCUGAGUUCUAUGUUCAACGUCAGUUUUAGUUCAGAUAAGCAAUAACCUUUAUUGAUAUUUCCCCCCCUUUUGCUGCAGGAAGGGGAUUAAACCUGUAUGUUGUUUCCCUGUACUGAUUAGCAAUUUUAAGGCAUCGGACAGUAAGUUUUGUAGCGUAGUUUGUGGGCUCAAAAACCAAAAGGAACAAUUCUUUACCGGCAGAUUCUUCUGUUUUGAUUUGAAAUUAUGGGUGAUUUACAACUUACUAAAUUUGCUGAAACCGAACAAUAAAAAUUGGAUGGAUGAGAGUUGGUACAAUUACAGUCGUUGCUCUUCCCCGAGCCUAUUAAUAUGAAGAUCCCAACUCUACUGGCUUCUCA